GAGCUGUGGUAAAGUAGUAUUACACAAGCUGUUAAUUGUGAAUGUUGGAUGUCCCAAGAGAAACAAAAGAUAAUGGUGCUUGUCAUCCUCAGCUUAGGAUAUACAACACUUGUGUUCUUUUACAUUGACCAAGUCACCAGUUAUCCUCAAAACAAAGUUCAAAACUCUCGUCCACUCCAGGUAGAUUGUACAGUCAGUCGUCGGCCAGUCUCAGAGGUGGACUGUACCUGUGUUCCAUACUACAUGUGUAACAACAACCUGACCAUGGACAUGGCAGUUGGAGUCCUGUCAGGAGUUGGUUUAGUGUCCAGUCCACCCUACCAGUCUUGUCCCUGCUCAAAAGCAAUUUCUGAGCCAAAACCGAAUAAUAUCGGAGUCUGUCCCUACUUUCUGGAUGUUUGCUGUAUCCUACAACCACAAGUCUUGUCUGAUGAAUAUCCAGACAAUCAACAUGUGUUGAAUGGUAAUUUUUCAGAGAACCCUCCACCAUGGCUAACUAUUCCUGGAGGUUAUCCAUCUUGGUUUAAUAACUACACAACAAUGUUUCAUUCCUGGAAUGAAUCUUCAUCUAGUUUCAACCCUCCAUGGAAUAACGAGAUCCCAGGAGAUUCUCAUCCGUGGAAUAAAAGACCCACCGUAACCGAGCAUUCUUGGAAUGGUGAUAAAAAUAGGAAACCAACCACUUGGAACAACAAUAUACCUUGGAAUAAUAAUUCACCAGAAAUAGCACCUUCUAAAUCUCAGUCAUUGGGUGAUUCACGACCAUGGAAAGAAAAAUAUCCUUCUUGUGGAAGCUACUUGUCAAGUGGAUUAAAUUUGGAAAAUUGGCAAGAAAAUGGGAAUAAUAACUUACCAGGGAUGAUUGCAGUUUUUGGAGAUAAAAUUGUGAACGGAGUAAACAGAAGAAUGGUGUUUCUGUGUGGAGGUUCCUUGAUCAGCCCUAGUGUGGUACUUACAGCUGCACACUGUGUCAAAGGGAAAAGCGAUCUGAUGGUUCGAACUGGUAAAUGGAGCACAGAAGGAGGUGGGGAAGAACAGAUUGUCCACCACAUAAAGAUCCAUGAACAGUAUUAUGGAGGGGCACUAUACAAUGAUAUUGCGCUGCUGUACCUUAACCGGCACCUUGGACCAGGUCCUGAUGUUGGGACAAUGUGCCUGUCUGACCCAGGAGAAGCAGUCAACCUAAGUGACUGUGUUGUCAGUGGAUGGGGAACCCGGGUGUUUGGUGAGUACUACACAGUCUCAGUAAACAAUGAUAUUGCGCUGCUGUACCUUAACCGGCACCUUGGACCAGGUCCUGAUGUUGGGACAAUGUGCCUGUCUGACCCAGGAGAAGCAGUCAACCUAAGUGACUGUGUUGUCAGUGGAUGGGGUACCCGGGUGUUUGGUGAGUACUACACAGUCUCAGUAAACAAUGAUAUUGCGCUGCUGUACCUUAACCGGCACCUUGGACCAGGUCCUGAUGUUGGGACAAUGUGCCUGUCUGACCCAGGAGAAGCAGUCAACCUAAGUGACUGUGUUGUCAGUGGAUGGGGUACUCGGGUGUUUGGUGAGUACUACACAGUCUCAGUAAACAAUGAUAUUGCGCUGCUGUACCUUAACCGGCACCUUGGACCAGGUCCUGAUGUUGGGACAAUGUGCCUGUCUGACCCAGGAGAAGCAGUCAACCUAAGUGACUGUGUUGUCAGUGGAUGGGGAACCCGGGUGUUUGGUGAGUACUACACAGUCUCAGUAAACAAUGAUAUUGCGCUGCUGUACCUUAACCGGCACCUUGGACCAGGUCCUGAUGUUGGGACAAUGUGCCUGUCUGACCCAGGAGAAGCAGUCAACCUAAAUGACUGUGUUGUCAGUGGAUGGGGUACCCGGGUGUUUGGACUGGGUGAAAACUAUGAAUCAACUCUAAAGAAAAUUGAGUCGCUGAUUGUGCCAAGAAAGUUUUGUGAAGAAAAACUACAGACAACAAGGUUGGGAAGGCAUUUCCACCUUCAUGAAGGCUUCAUCUGUGCUUUGGGCAAAAAAGGUCAAGAUGCAUGCACAGGCGAUGGAGGAGGACCUCUUAUGUGCUCCUCAAUGGUUGAGUCUACCUUUUACGUCCAAGUAGGCAUUGUCUCCUGGGGCAUUGGUUGUGGCGGAGAUAUCCCUGGUGUCUAUAUCAAUAUCUCACAUUUUAGACAUUGGAUUGACUCAGAAAUGAAGAUGUUAACACCAGAUGAUUGA